AUGCCCUGUGCUCCUCCGCCAAUGCCAAUGCCAAUCUGCCCACCACCACCACCGUGUCCAGCUCAGUAAGUUCUGCAUUAGUCUUUGUAUUAUAAAAUGAAAGCUCUCCAGAUUCUGUCCCCCGCCUCCAAUCUGCCCACCACCACCACCACCACCAAUGCCGUGCCCGCCACCACCACCACCGAUGCCUCGACCGUCUUGUCCAUGCAUGGGGAUGCAACGUCCCAUGUUCUACCCACAGUACACUCCACAAUAUUACCAACCCAUGCCCUUCCAAGUUGCUCAACCGAUGCCCGCUGCUGGAGGUUGUGGAGGAGGGGCCGUGAUUCCAUCUGUCCGAAUUCCUGCUCAGGUUUUUUGAGGUUUUCUCUCAUCUAUUUUAUCAAACGUUAUUCUCAGAACGACUGCUGCUGUGGCUGCUCUUCGCCGUGCAAGUACAAAAGUGUCAGACGAGCUGCCUUUGCCGCAAAGACCAUUGAUCCUUCAUGCAACAGCUCUGAACUAAAGAAUAUCAUCCUCGAGGUAAAUUUUUUCUUCAUUUAUAUUUUCUCAUCGCUUCUAACUUUCCAGAACAUCAGUGAGGACGCCAGUGAAUCCAAGAGGAACAUUCAGAAAAUCGCUGAGGAAACUCUCGGACACGACGUGAAUGUGAUCUGCGGAACGGGAGAAUUCAGCUACAUUGCACACACUGAUACUUUCUGCCAAACCUCGAAGGAUGACGUCACGUGCUAUGCAUUCAAGCCGCUGUAA